CUGAGCUUCUCACUCGAUUUUCACUCACACACUCUGGCAUACCCACUCUCCAACUUACAGAUACGCCUGCCCUCAGACACACCGCAACACUUGCCUCGACACCCGCUCAACCCUCAGCCUGUGCGCGUGGGCGCACAAUUAUCUCUACACUAAAACGCUGCACUCUAGCAGCAAGAAAAGCACAAGGUCUCUCACUUCUCACGACUGAAGCAUGCUCCAUCUAUUGUCAAGGAAUGCCUAAUUUUGUGUGAAGCUGCCGAAAGGGAAAAAAAGGAGCGCUCUGGCUUCCAAACCCGACCCAGACCCCAUCCCAAAGAGCAGCAGAUGUGACAGAAGAGGAGAGGCGGAGAGAGAAACACAAUCUCCAUUACCCCUCCUCAUCUGGGAGAACAAUACCCGGUCUCUAGUUGGAGAGGGUCAGCUUUUGUCCUUCUCCGCACGCUCCCGCUCAAGAGUGAAGAGCAGACAGACGCGCUGACACAUUGACCUGCUGCUGUGAGAAGAGAAGACGGAGCAAAGCAUCUGCUGCACUCUGCUCGGUUUGAUUCAGUACUUGGACAGUUCCUGAGCAACAACCAGUAUCGUGUGUGCGCACGUUUGUAUGAGAGUGAAGGGAGACUGUCGGGUGAGUGACUGAAGGUGAUUCAGUUUGGAGCGAAGAAGCAGAAAUGCAGCCCCCACGUUCACUCCAGCUUGGUCCCUGUGGCGCCUCUCUGUCCCUGGGAUCUCAGGGAAGCACUACCACCUUCCAGCUGGAAGAGAAGCAGCUCUUUGAGAAGUUUUGGAAAGGGACUUUCAAGGCUGUUGCCACCCCAAGACCAGAGAGUGUCAUUGUGGCUAGCAUCACCGCCAGUAGGAGAGUGACUGAGCCAGUCACACAGAAGAGGGGAGGAGUUCACCAGCUCUAUGCAGUGGGCUCAGAAACAACAACCUGCCAGCAGCUCAAGCCUGAUGAGAGGAAAGCUGUGGACACAAGGGACAGAUAUGGCUGCAUCAAAGGAAACAGACGCAAACAUCGCAGCCAUCGCAGGGCCAGGAGUCCGUCCUUUGAUGAGGAACCUUCCCCUCGGCCAAAGAGGAAGAAGAAGAAGAGGAAGUCUGAGCGGAAGAGGAAGAGGAAAAGGUCUCCUUCUUACAGCCUGUCACCACCGAGGAAGAAGAAAAAGAAGAAGAAGAAGAGCUCCAAGAAAAGCAAGCGGCACAGGUAUACCUCCAAGAAGUCAAAACACAGCUCUUCAAGUUUAAAACAUAAGAGGAAGGAUGAACGCAAGCACAAGAAAAGUUCUCGGACUCACUCACGUCGGAGACGGCGGUAUCGGAGGUCAGAGUCAGAGACUUCUUCCUGCCAAUCUUCAACAGAGGACAGACACCAUCUGCAAAAAUCUGUGGUUCAUCAAGCAUUUGGAGACCUGGCAGCUGUAGGACAGGAAACCAAUGCAGUGCUCAACUACACAGACAUGAAGUGGAGACCUACAACCAAAUCAGUGUGUAAAAUGGCUCCAAAAUAUCGCUCCAUCCUCUCUGCUGGCACCACUUUGUCGUCAAAACCUGCAAGUGAGAUUUUACAUGGAAAUGGGUCUCAGCAUUUAACGAGCCAGACUGUAGGUCCACAUGAUUACGAUUCUGGGAAUGACACAUCUUCGCCGCCAUCGAGCAAAACUGGUGUUUCUCAGGGGAGUGUCACUCUUGACAACAAGAGCAACAGCUGUCAACGUGUGGCCUCGCCAGGGAAGCUAAAGUUCACUGAGAGAGACAAUGUCUCUGAUUCAGGAAACUCUGUGACCAGCUAUGCUUCCUUGUGCAAACCUUACGGGGAAGACGGUUUGUCUGCAACCCUUUUCAGUGGAAAUGGCAAGAGAGAGCAGAUAACCUUGGGGUGUCGGCUAGAGGUUGUGAGAUCCCCAAAGACAUCAAGCUGCUCAGAGAGGAGGAGCGACUUGUCUCAAGGGCGACCAAAAACCCGGUCAUCUAGCAGCAGGAGCAGGAGCAGAUCCUCAGGGAGUUCCAGAUACUCUGGACGCUACUCUCGAAGCCCCUCGCUUUCAUCUUGCAGCUCAUAUUCACGCUCAAUGAGUAAUUCAGCUGAUCUGAGGCGAAGAGGAAGCUACUCGAGAUACAGUCCCGACAGACUGCGAGACAGAAAAAGAACAGCUAGCUCCAGAGAGACAGAUGCGAAGCAUACACAUAAAGUUAGUGGGAAAAGGCGAAGACGCAAAUCCUACUCUCCUAUGAAGAAAAGGAGGAGAGACUCACCAAGCCAUCUGGAAGCACGGCGAAUCACAAGUGCCAGGAAGCGACCCAUUCCUUACUUCCGACCAAGCCCAUCCUCUAGCAGUCGGUGCACCAGCGUGUCAUCCUGGAGCAGCCUCUUCACUCGCAGCCGCAGCCGCAGCCCUCUGUACAGCAUCAGCCGCAGCAGGAGCAGGAGCCAGAGCCACAGCUACUCCUCCUACCGGAGCUACAGCCGCAGUUCAUCGUGGAACUCAGUCUUUGGGAGCCGCAGUCGCAGCCGGAGCCGCGGUUCGUUGAACAAACGGAACAAAACCAGGCACUAGGUUUCUCAACAUUAGGAGACCAAAUCUGCAGUUGUGGUUCCCGUUGAGAACGAGGACAGAGGCUGUCAGUGCAAUCAACUGUGUGUGUCUCAGUGCUCAGCUUUGAUGCUUGAGUGGAAAUGUCUUAGCAGUGGGCCAACCACCAUUGAAGCAGUCUUGUUCACUCUGCCCACAGACAGCUAGGAGACUGAAUGUCUUUUUGUCUCUUUUGCUUUUGUAUUGCAUCCUUUGCAUCUGCACUCACAAUGGCCUGAGACUGUUCAUCUCCUAGAUAUUUACAAUGCAAGCUGCAUAUAAGAAACAUUAUUAAUGAAUUUAGUGACCUAACAUCCCUGUUCUAUAUAUUUCUUUCCAGAUGUCUGUACAUUUCACUUUAAUUUAUUUUUGCAAAUGCUUUAACAGGCUGUUAUUUAUUUCAUAAUUUAUGGCACAUAAUGCAGCUUAGUAAUGGGUUCAACAAGCACUGAAAUUACCUCAUUCCCAUUUUGAUUUUGAAUUGCAAUAUAUGUUUUAGCCAUAUGCAAGUGCACAAUGCAUAUGGUUAACAUGUAACUAAUGUUUAACAUGACAUCAAGCAUUUAGCAUACCUGUGUCCUAGUUUUUGCACUAAUAGAUGAAGCAUAGAGGUAACAUUUGAGCCGUUUGAUCCACUUACAAAUGAUUUCACAGGGAUCGUUAUCAGGAAUAAAGAGAGGGUUUGUCGCUCUGAUCUCAACACUUCACAAGGUGGAGGACAAACAUGUUUCCGCCUCCUGACAGCAAGCAAACUGGCUGUCAGCUCAAAUGUCAAAUUAAUUCAUCCUCUGAUCAAGUGGAAAACAAUUGAAAUGUCAGUCCGUGUAGUAUAACAGAGAGCGAUCGAAACAAGGGGAGAUUCUUUUGACAAAACAUCUGAUGAAUUUGUUUUGAGAAAAGGAUGUUUUAAAUAUAAGAUGAUGAACUUGUUUUUGUGCUCCAAAGCAGAUCACAUUUGUAGCUAUGUUCAUGUAGGGAAUAGUCUCUGACUUUAUUUGCUAGGUCGUUUUUUUUAAUUAGGCACAGAGAAAAGCUGUACUUUGCUGAAAAUUAGUCUAAAUUUGCAAACAGCACACAUUCCCAGUUUAUUUGGAAAAUUGUGUUCUUGCUGCACCACUGGAAUAAACCCAUAAACCAUUAUAUUUUGAGUUGUUACUCAACAGAAGGUCUAGUUUUGAGUUGUGCAGCACUAUACAUAUUUAUUACUUGUCUAAUAUUUAUUGUUUCAUUGUAACUCCCAGUAGUAGUCAGUCUUUCUAUGCAACACUGUCACUUUGUAGUUUUUAUGACACUGCUGUAACUGAUUUUGUUGUAAAUUAUAAUCCGGCUCAUACAUAUUGUUCAACACAGACUGGAUGAAAUGGUGGAAUAUUAUCCUCACUGUCUAAGCUUUUUAUCUUUUGUGUAUUUUUAAAGCACAAAUAUGACAUUCUUGUAAAAUAUGCUCAUCUGCUUUCUUGUCAAGAGUUUAAAGAUCAAUACCACGCUCAAGUCUGUUUCCUAAAUAUAACACCACAGCUAGAAGAUAGAGCCUAACUUAUUAAAAACACUGGAAAGCCAAACUAACCAAAGGUAACAAAUUUUUCACCAUAGUUGAAGCCUGCUAAUUACCAACUUACAUUUUAUACAAUAAUUCACAUUUUUAAAAACUAGCAAAUGAUCAAAAGAAAACUUUCCAUCUGCAGUAAUUUAUAUUUCUAGGCACGACUCUGUUCUGGGAACUCGCUGUCUUUUUGUGUCAAAACAGAAAAAGAUGAGACCAGAAGCACACAACAGGGUUCACAUUAGGGGUGACACUGAUUAGCCAGAAACAGCAUGAGAGGAGGAGCUAGGGUGGGUUGCAAAGUAGCUUGCAGGUAUGCAGCAAAUGUGCACAGACUAAAACAAAUUAAACAUACUGUAAGCUAAUUGGGUGUGUUGAAAGGUGUCAGAUAAGGCUGAUGUGGGCUAGCAAAGAGAUCAGUGCAUUUGCUGGGAUUGUGUCUGAGCUUGAGUCUGUGGCCUGACUGAAGUAAAGCUAUGCACUCCAAGGUUACUGCAAAACAAAGAAAACUGUUAAUUAGUGGGUAUUAAAGCUUGUAGUAGGUUGAAUGUGUUGCCUUUGGAUAGAAUCACAUACCUAUUUCCUGCCAACCAGCAGCUGAUCACUAUGUCACAGACAUGAGCGUGGUAAUGUUCUCAUUUCGCGUUUGCAUCUCCUAAGGUAUCAAAAGAUUUCUUCAAAGUUAAUUUUGAGGGUGAUCCAACUCCAUAGUUUCAAUCUGCAAAAAAAAAGUUUGAAGCUGCCUUGGCUUAUGAUUAAGAGUUAUAUUUCUCAAUCAUUUCAAAUCCAUCAUCCUGUCUGCGUAACUGCUCCAGGCCUGACAGACUGCUCUCUAUGCACUCAAUACUCUCAGCUUAUUUCCCUGAAUGUCAUCUAAAUUGGAGGAAUGAGGGAAAUAUGAGGCAGGAAGAGGAAGGAACUUGGCACAGAACUCAUUCAUAAACUAUAAACUGAUGAUGACUCGUGACAAGCAGCGUUGACUAGGAGCCAUGGGAAGAUUUGUGCAGUCAAGUUGACAGAUUUUUCUAGAUGGGCACCCAGGGCAAUGCCCCCCCCAUUUCUCAAUGUAAAGUUUACAUCAGUUCUUGUGCAAAAUUAUUUUGUAUAUGUGGUGUAAAUAUGCAUCUGCAUUGUAUAAAUUAUACAAAGGGUGUGACUAUUUUGUUUAGAGAAUGUGAUUGGAGCCUCCUUGGAUGUUAUAGAUAAAAUGUAUCAACCAGUUUAAGAGGAAAAAGAAGACGAUAUGCAUCAGUCAA